CUUGUACAUACCCCCAGGAACACUCCCUACCCCCCCCUGCCAUUCCUCACACGAUGUCUCUCCCCCCCAACAUCCUAAUUGUCGGAGGAGGGGUCUUCGGCCUAUCCACGGCUCUGGCCCUCUCGCACCGUCAUCCCAACUCCCAAAUCACCCUCCUCGAAGCCUCCCCUACAAUCCCCAACCCACACGGCUCCUCCGUCGACACCUCCCGCAUCGUCCGCGCCGACUACUCCCAACCCACCUAUGCCCAACUCGCCGCCGAUGCCCUCGACCUCUGGCGCAACACCGACUGGGGAAAAGAAGGCCGCUACACCCAAAAUGGUCUCCUCCUUGUCUAUCCCCCGGGUAGCACCAACGCCCGCGACUACGCAACCAAGAGCUACCACAACGUGAAGCAAAUCCCCGGCCAGGACGUUGAGCUCCUCCCCACAAAGGCCGAUGUCACGCGAGUCGCCCCCGCCUACGGAGUCGAUCUCAAAGUCGCAGGCGGCUACGUGAACUGGGGUUCAGGCUGGUCCGACGCCGAAGCCGGCGUCCGGUACGCCAAGCAGCGCCUCGACCAGGAAGGCAAGGUCAUCUUCAAGACCGGCGAGGUCAGCAGUCUCCAGUACAGCAACGACAGAGUCACAGGUGUAAACCUCGCCGAUGGAUCCUCCCUCACAGCCGACCUGGUCAUCCUAGCAACAGGAGCCUGGACCGCGAAGCUCGUCGACCUGCGGGGCCGCACAGUCCAAACGGGCCAGGCAUUGGCCUACAUGCGCAUCUCCGACGAAGAACAGAAGCAAUUGGAACAUAUGCCAACGAUUCUCAACUUCGCGACAGGCAUGUUCAUCAUCCCGCCGCGCAACAACCUACUGAAAAUCGCACGACAUGCGUACGGCUACGUCAACCCAGUCCAGGUCGCCGUGCCUCGCACCAAGAGCGAGAAGAUGGAAAUCAGUCUACCAGAGAACGGCGUUCCUAUUCCCGCAGAAGGAGAACAGGCAUUCCGGGAAGCAUUGAAGGAGUUGAUCCCCAGCUUUGCAGACAGACCGUUCGUCCAGACUCGGGUCUGCUGGUAUACCGAUACCCCCAAAGGCGACUUCAUAAUCACCUACCACCCCAACCAUCCGGGUCUCUUCCUCGCCACCGGCGGCAGCGGCCACGGCUACAAGUUCUUCCCCGUGCUCGGGGAGAAGAUCGUAGACGCACUAGAACGCAAAUUGGACCCCGAGUUGCAAGAGCUGUGGAGUUGGCCUGCGGCCGUUCCUGAGAGUGAGUUCGACGGGACCGAGGAUGGGAGUCGUUCAGGCCCGAAGGGAUUGCGACUGAUGGAUGAGUUGGCGAAGACGAAGAAGGCUCAGCGGAGUAGUGCUCUGUGAUGGUUGAUGUCUUCGCGGAUAGACAUUCGCAUGAUAGUAUAUUCCUACCUAAAUUAGACUAGAUUUGUAUAUAAGUGAAUGGUUUGCAUGGGUUGGGUAUAUACUAUGUCUCAUGUCUUGGGUGGAUACUGUUGAUAAGAUAUAGAUAGGAGAG